CCGUCAUCCCGCAUUCCAACGCCCCGGCAGAGCAAUUGCCGCCUGUUUGCCAGAUACGGAUAGUUUUUAUGUUUUCGACUCUUCAAAGCUUCGGCCACCACGUCUUCCAUGUUGGGAGGGCCCAGCGGACGCACAAGGUGGCUAGUAACCUUUCCCGUCUGUAGUGGGAGAAGGCUUCUCUUUCUCUUCGAGACGCAAAACGGGCCGUUGAUCUGCCAAGUAGAUCUGAGCGUGCGUGGUACGGAGCAGGUGGCACGUACGACAUUACCAUUCAUUGUGGUUUCGAGGUUCAGGGGCUUUUUGCUCCUCUCUAGCCCCCGCGCCGCCUCCCUCCAAGAAAUAAGCAAAGACCGAUCGCUCGGACGAUCGACGGCUGAUCCGAAGGACUUGUCUGUUUGUGGCUUGCCCGUCACGUCACACCCCUCGCCCAGACAGGGCAACGAUCCAAUCCAAUCCGAGCCCGCGCCCGGGCUCGGCGGCUCGCUGGAAAAUUCUUUUUCCUUUUUCUUUUGUUGGCAAACAUGGAAUUUCCCAUUCAUCCAUCCGUUUAUUCGCCCAUCCGUUCAACCCGCCAACUCGAUCGGCCCCGAGCAGAGCAGAACGGAUGAGACGGAUCGAAUUGGAUCGGCGCCCCCAAUGAUGCAGCGGGAAGCAGCGGGCAACCUUGCGCGGACACCAUGCCACUUGCUACGACGGAACAGCACUACGGAAUGACGGUACUAGCCUCUUUUCUGGGGUGGCCGAAUCGGACGGCGGAGGGGGGAAUGGAGAAA